GGCUAGCACCACCCCCGUAGUCUCCAACUUGUAGGCUGAAUUUUGAGGCGGGAGCUGGUGGAGUAGGACUCUAAACAUCCCUAGCCUAGGGCAGAGUUGAGGAUUAGCGACCCGGGCUAACUGGCGCCUGGGGAAGGUGGUCCCAGCCCCCACCAAGGCCGAACCUUUAACACCCUCGGGCUUCAGCGGUGCAACCCCCGUAACUGCGGCGCUCCGGCAGGUGGGGCUGACGCACUUCCUGUCCAGACCGCGGAGCCCCCUGGGUAACGAGCCGCCCCUCCCAGGCCGGGUUCCGGCGUCGGCGUCUGACGUUGGCUGACGGACGGACGGAGCAGCCUAUGGAAUCGAGAGGGUGGCAGGGCGCAGCCAAUAGAGCCCUGGGGUGGGGUUCCGGCCGGGAGCGUCGCGAGGAGCCGCCCGGCCGGGAAGAGGCCCCCCAAAAGUCAGCGGCACAAAAUGGCGGCGGCAGCGGCGGCGACCGGGGCUCCGGGGUCGACGGUCCCCGCGGCGGCCGCCGGCGCCUCGUGCUCCGGGGUGGCCGCUCCGGGGUCGCAGGGAGUGCUGAUCGGGGACAAGCUGUAUUCAGGGGUGCUCAUCACCUUGGAGAACUGCCUGCUGCCCGACGACAAGCUGCGCUUCACGCCGUCCAUGUCGAGCGGCCUCGACACCGACACGGAGACGGGCCUCCGCGUGGUGGGCUGCGAACUCAUCCAGGCGGCCGGCAUCCUGCUCCGCCUGCCGCAGGUGGCCAUGGCUACUGGGCAGGUGUUGUUCCAGCGGUUCUUUUACACCAAGUCCUUCGUGAAGCAUUCCAUGGAGCAUGUAUCCAUGGCCUGUGUACACCUGGCUUCUAAAAUAGAAGAGGCUCCAAGACGAAUCCGGGAUGUCAUCAAUGUGUUCCAUCGCCUUCGACAUCUGAGAGAGAAAAAGAAACCUGUGCCUCUACUGCUAGAUCAAGAGUAUGUUAACUUAAAGAACCAGAUCAUAAAAGCAGAGAGACGGGUCCUCAAGGAGCUUGGCUUCUGCGUCCAUGUGAAGCACCCUCACAAGAUAAUCGUUAUGUAUCUUCAGGUGUUAGAGUGUGAGCGUAAUCAGCACCUGGUCCAGACUGCAUGGGUAGCCUCUGAGGGUAAGUGACUAAGACUUCUCCUCUGCUGUCCAAGUGCUUUGGUGCAGGGACAGCGGCCUCUUCAGCCAAUCCAGUGCAGGCUCUCCACCGAAGGCUGGCUCUAGACUGGUGGUAUGCGUACGAUAGUAUAGUCAUGGCGACUGCUGCUUGUGGUUCUCUGACGAUUGUGCUUCUUGUUAAUCCUGUCCUGCUUUGGUAAUUGUAUCCAUUAGAAUUGAUAACUGUCUUCACUUGAAUAUCAUCCUUUUAAAACUGCUGUACAUGUACAAUAAAGAUGCAAUACCUUUGUUUUAAAAAGUCUAUGGAAAGCUUUAAGAACUAAAGUGACAAAUUGGCUGAUGGGAAUUUAGGCUGUUGGUUAUUAUCUUAUUUUAAGUCUCAAAGUUGCUCUUUUCAGCAGCUAAGUGGGACUCGUUUCAGUAAAGGUAUGCAUCUUUAAAUUGUAAUUGUUCCUUGGAUAUUUUUAAAUAUUGUAAUUUCAAAUAGAGCAAUAAGUCUUUGUACACGUUUUGAGGGGUUUGUUUUAGAGCAUAAAAGUUAAUAUAUUGCCAGUAUUUGAAUACUGAAGACUUUAUUAGAAACAAAAGUUACUGAUGAUGAUAUGGGUUGACGUGUGAGCUUUUCAUCUGUGCAGAGGCUCUUGGUCAUGUGGCUGCUCUCCAUGUCGUGGCCGCCGGUGUGACGCCUGGAGCCAGAGCUUCCCGAUCCCGUGCCUCUUGAAAGGCGUCUGUAGAACUGACUCCUUAUUUGUCAUCUUGGAGUGCGUUUGAGCGUUCCCUUGUUUAGGACAAAGGCAGUGGGGGACGGGAAGCCCACGCCACGUCUGCCUGCCGUGCAGCCUCACUCCAGGGGCCGUCGAGCACGGAUGGGGAUAGGCCAGGCCGUGGCUGUAUGAACCCCUCCGAUGUUUUCUUACGGUCUUGUUUUUGCAAUAUUGAUAAAGCUAACAAUAGACUUGGUUUAAGCUUACAAUACUUAGGAGAAAUGUUUCUAAAGGGAAAUGUUAAAAAUGUAGUUAAAAACCUUUUAACUUCUUAAAAACUUCCAAGUAUGUUUUAUAUAUACGUAUAUUAUAUAUAUAUCAAAGUAGGAUAAGAAAUUUUAAAUGUACUUACUGUGGUGAAACUUGUAGUAUUUCCUUACUUCUGUCUGCUUUUAUGAAUGUUCAUUUUAAGACUCCUUGUUGAAAUGGGACAGUUUGGAAACGUUCUUUGCUAAGCCUGAGAAGAGGACUCCCUGGGGUAUUGACCUCUGCAUGACAUGCCUAUGCACCUGAACUACACCCAAGGGCCAAUCCCUUGUCCAAGUGGACUCCCUCACCAAAUCUUCGGCUCAGUCAUCUGGAGAAGGACCCGGCCGUGCACUCUGAAGAAGAGGAAUGCAGGAGGACACCUUGCCUCACAGCUGCGAGCUAGGCUUGGCCUGGCCCUCAGCCUGUUCAUUUGAGUUUGCAUGUUUCUCUGCACUCUGGACUUGAGCAUUUAGAUUUCUUUAAUCAAGUACAUUUUAACCACCAAGUAGUGUUUCUUUUUAAGGCAUUGUGCUUUGCAUGAUAAUAGGCCAAAAGUUGAGGGAAAAGUAAGGUUAAAAUUGGUUCUCCAUUCAUAGCAAUACAUAUUAUCUGACAUUCAGCCAGCAUUUUCCCCAGUAAUUUCUUUUUCUGUCCUAUGUUCAGGAAGCAGCUAGAAUGUUUCUUCAUUAACUCUUGGGACUUGUAGUACUGCCUAGCUCUCAGCCCUAGCAGUAGACCACAUAGAGGAAUAGUGGCUUUAGGCAUAACAGAUGGU